AUGUUCAAAAGAUUUUCUGCUCACAAGCCGCCUAAUUAUGAUGGAAAACCUGACCCCACCGAGUUCGAGGAAUGGUUGAAUGGCAUGGAGAAACUCUUUGAUGCCACCCAGUGUCCAGACAAGUGGAAAGUUAACUUCGUUGUAUUCUACUUAAAAGGGCAAGCGGAUCUGUGGUGGAAGACUGCUAGAGAGAUGCAAAUCGACCUGGAUUUGGAUGGGAAGAUGGAAACUGAGUUUACCCAUCUGAGGCAAAGGGGUAUGUCAGUUCUGGAAUAUGCUGUGAAAUUCAAUGAGUUAGCUCGAUUUGCUCCUGAUGUGGUGUCUACGGAUCGUCAAAGGAUGAAUCGAUUUGAAGGAGGUUUGAAUCUGAACCUUCAAGAAAGGCUUGCUGUAAACAUGAGUAAGUCCUAUCAAGAGCUAUAUGACAGGGCUAUCAAUGUUGAAAGGAACAUGAAGCUGCGAAAGGAAGUGUAUGAGGGUGGAAAAAGAAAAGCUAAACCUCAUGAUAGCCACUCCAACAACAACAACUUCAACAAAAAGCCGAACACGGGGUAUUCGAGAAACGAUCAGAAGCAAAUUCCUCGAUGCAACAAAUGCGGAAGACAAGGCCACAUGACGAAUGAAUGUCGUAGGGAAGUUAUCAAUUGGCGUAGUGGAAAUGUCGUUAAUCGUGGUCAAAGAAACGGCCAGAACUCUGGCUAUGGUGGAAAUGCAGGCAACGCAAAUAAGAACCCUCCAUGUGGACCCCCGCAGGCUGGAAGAGUCUUUAUGAUGCAGUGUGAGGAAGCGAAGGCGAUGAUAUUGUCAUUACUGAAGCUUGAAUGCAAAACAUGCUCUGAAUUCUCUGCCAUGUCUGUCACCAUCCCUAAUGGUGAAUCCAUCUUAUGUGAUGUCAUGUAUAGAAAUUGUCCUAUUCUUAUAGGAGGAUGUGAAUUUCAAGUAGACCUCGUUCAAUUUGAAUUAACCGACUUUGAUGUGAUAUUGGGAAUGAAUUGGUUGUCAAAGUACAAAGCAGACAUAAAUUGCCUUAACCAUGAAAUAACCCUCAGGAAGCCAGAUGGGUGUAAGAGAUACCUGGCAUGCCACCAGAAAGAGAUAGAUUUCAGCAUUGACCUCGUUCCUGGAUCUGCUCCUAUCUCCAAGGCACCUUAUCGAAUGGCACCUGCUGAGUUACAAGAACUGAAAAAGCAACUAGAUGAAUUACUCGAGAAGGGGUAUAUUCGACCUAGUGUGUCGCCAUGGGGUGCACCAGUUUUGUUUGUCAAGAAGAAAGAUGGAAGCAUGAGGUUAUGCAUUGAUUAUCGAGAGUUGAACAAGAUCACCAUCAAGAAUAAAUAUCCAUUGCCUCGUAUUGAUGAUCUUUUUGACCAACUUCGAGGUGCAACUAUCUUCUCCAAGAUUGAUUUAAGAUCCGGAUAUCAUCAACUCCGCAUAAAGCCAGAAGAUAUUUCAAAAACUGUUUUAAGGACUCGAUAUGGUCAUUAUGAAUUCACAGUAAUGCCAUUUGGGUUAACCAAUGCCCCUGCUAUAUUCAUGGAUCUGAUGAACCGAGUAUUUAAAUCAUACCUCAAUAAGUUUGUGGUUGUAUUCAUCGAUGAUAUCUUGGUGUUUUCAAGAAACUUAAUCGAGCAUGAAGAGCAUUUGAGGAAGGUGUUAGAAGUGUUGAGAGAAAGGAAGUUGUAUGCAAAGUUGAAGAAAUGUGAGUUCUGGUUGAAAGAAGUUGCCUUUCUAGGCACAUCAUUUCAGAUACUGGAUCUCGGUUGA